AUGGUCCCAAGCGUUGUUCAAUCUGACGAUAUGGAUAAUAUGGAAAUACCGUUCCCAGCGCUUCGUGAGCGCCAAGAGGGUUCUCCGCCUCCUUUUCAAGACCCUCUUGCUCUCCUCCGAAGUCUUCCUGAGCCUCCACUGGAAUGCCAGGUUUGCGUCGUUGGUGCAGGACCUGCCGGCCUCAUGCUGGCCACAAACCUGACCAGAUAUGGAAUCAAUGUCGAGGUGAUUGAUGACCGAGCCGACCAGACGCCCGUAGGAAGAGCCGACGGCCUACAACCAAAGACGAUCGAGACCUUCAGACAAAUGCGACUUUCAGAUACUCUAUUAAAACAAGGUGUCCGCGUUUUCGAUAUUGCCUUCUGGCGCAGCGAUGCUGACCAGCCUCUGCGCCGACUCGGUCGCGAAGUCCAUUACCCACCCAUCAUCGAUGUAUUGGAUCCAUACAUUCUCCUCGUUCAUCAGGGUAUGGUGGAAGGCCUCUUCCUUGAGGAUAUGAAGAAGCGCGGCAAGGAGGUCCGCAGAAACAUGGCGUUCGAGUCUUACAGCGUCCCAGACAACAAGACCGGUCCCCUUCAAAUCAAUUGCCGUGCCAAUGUCAACCAAGACAAACGCUCUGUCUUGACACAAUACUUGAUCGGAUGUGAUGGUGCUCACUCCAAGGUUCGCAAGAGCAUCCCUGAUGUCAAAGCCGUUGGCAUGUCCCAAGCCGCCAUCUGGGGUGUUCUUGAUGGUGAACUGAUUACUAAUUUCCCUGAUAUCUGGUCCAAGACAUUGGUCUACUCACAAGAGCAUGGCUCAAUUCUAAUCAUUCCCCGAGAAAGGAAUAUGACCCGAUUUUACAUUGAGCUCAAGGCUGGUGCCAAGAUUGACCGUCGAGAUCUUGGACAGGAAUUCAUGAUGAAGCGCGCAAAGGCGAUCAUGGCGCCGUUCCGCUUAGACUGGAAGUAUGUCGAGUGGUUUGGUCGUUAUCAGGUCGGCCAAAGAGUUGCCAGCCGCUUCACUGAUGGCCAUCUAAGAGCGUUCCUGGCUGGCGAUGCCAGUCACACACACUCUCCUAAAUCAGCACAGGGCAUGAACACCUCGAUGCACGACUCAUGGAACUUGUCGUGGAAGUUGAAUCUGGCAGUCAGAGGUCUGUCCAAGCCUAAUUUGCUUGAGAGUUACGAAGAGGAGCGACGCAAAAUUGCCCUGGAUUUGGUUAAUUUUGAUUAUGAGCAUGCGAACCAAAUUGCUGGCGGAGAUGCAAUUGCUUUGGCCGAAAACUUCAGGACCAAUGUUCGUUUCAUUUCCGGCAUCGGUGCUGAAUAUGGUGAGAACGCUAUCAACCGGCCCGGUGUUGGUAACAACCAAUUCGUGAUGGGAGAUGCCAAACCAGGUUGCCUCCUACCCCCUGCCAAGGUUACUCGAUACAUUGACUCCAACCCUGUGGAUAUCCAGCUUGAUAUUCCCAUGCUUGGCCAGUUCCGUAUUUAUCUUCUCAUGUGGGAUGUCCAACAAUCAGCACCUUUCCUUCAGACUUUCUGCCAUGCCAUUGCUGGUAAAGAUUCAUUCAUUAGCAGACUGUCCGCUGCGGCUAGCGCUUCAUAUGCUGCGCAACCUCGAGCAUCAGCUCCUGAGGAUGUCUACUCCCGACCAGAGCGAUACACUGUUGUCAGCCAUCUUUUCACCUUCGGUCUCAUUACAACCAUGCCCAAGACAGAAAUUGAAAUCUCAGACCUUCCUCCUCUCCUGCAAGACAGCAGAUGGACUUUCUAUCUGGACGACAUCCCCGACCAAGAUACUCGUGGCUCGCUCUGUACCAACAAGUGGCUUGGAAGCCUUGGACCUGGCGAGGUCGCCAUUGUCAAUGUCCGACCUGACGGUUAUGUUGGUUCGGUGGGUCGAUGGGAUUCAAGUGUCGAUGAAUCUGGCGUUGAAGCGGCUCGUUGGCUCGAUGAAUAUUACGAUGGAUUCAUGCAGAUCCCAACGCAGUAA